AUGGCAGCCCUACCACGUAGAAUAAUCAAAGAGACACAACGGUUGAUGCAAGAACCCGUGCCGGGAAUUAGCGCGGUGCCUAGCGAGAACAAUGCUCGUUAUUUUCACGUAAUAGUCACCGGGCCAGAAGACUCGCCGUUCGAGGGAGGACUUUUCAAAUUAGAACUAUUCCUUCCAGAGGACUACCCUAUGUCAGCGCCUAAGGUUAGGUUUAUUACGAAAAUUUACCAUCCGAAUAUAGAUCGGCUAGGUCGCAUAUGUCUGGAUAUUCUGAAAGACAAAUGGAGCCCGGCACUGCAGAUUCGCACCGUUCUGCUUUCUAUUCAAGCUUUAUUAUCGGCACCUAACCCCGACGACCCGCUGGCCAACGAUGUGGCCGAACUGUGGAAAGUAAAUGAGAGCGAAGCCAUCCGAAACGCGAAGGAGUGGACCAGGAGAUAUGCAAUGGACAACUGA